AUGGGGGUUUGUGGUGUGUUCAGACGUCGCUGGCAGCGUCUUGCCAUUGCCUCGAUCGUCUUUUGUAUGGUUACAUUCUCAAUCGUGUCCCACCGAGGGGAGCAGUUCUUUACACCAAAACAAUACUCCGAAGCACAAUCCGAGUUUUCUAGCGAUACUCCUUUAAUAUGGAAGCAUAUAAACAGUUCGACCGUCCGGGGUGGAGCAUUCUAUAUCCCACCCGAAUGGCUCUCGGCGUCAUCCCCCAGACCGACCACUAUGAUAGAAGCAGCGCGCCUUGUUUCCCAAUUGACCAACAUUAGCAACACUACCCACCUAAUAGAAAACACCGAGAUACCCCUGGUUGCACACCAGACGUGGAAAAACACCCAUGUCGACACAUGGCCGGACCUGAUCCGCGACAGUGUCGAGCGAUGGAUGGAGACUGUGAUGGAAACGCCUAUGGCGUACUUUUUAUGGAAUGAUGAGGGCAUUAUAGAGUUUUUGGAAGAAUACGAACCUGAUUUCAUCGACCAUUUCAGUGCGCUGCCGCGAAUGGUUGAGAAAUCGGAUAUUUUCCGAAUUAUGGUCUGCAAGUACAUUGGCGGUGUUUAUGGAGACGUCGAUACUCGUCCACUACGGUCGCCGGCGACCUGGAUUGAACAGACCGACUUGGCACCAUGGCGCGACAAUGAGACGGGCAUAGUAUACAACUCUACCAAACCGGUCAGGGCGAUUUUCGGUAUCGAAGCCGACUGUCCUCCGGAUACCGAUACCUACUGGCGCAUGGGCUACACCAAUCCCGUUCAGCUGACGCAAUGGGCGCUAGCGUCAGCCCCUGGCCAUCCAGCCUUGACAUGGUUCAUUCAGAAAAUAUACGGCAUAUUAGACGAAGUUGCCAGCCACCACGAUGGUAACCUGACGAGCCCGGAAGCAUACGAAGAGCUAGAUUAUCUGGAGCCGUUGCUUUUCACGGGCCCUGAUGCUAUUACAGUCUCGAUGCGCAGUUGGCUCGAAGACCGCAUUGGACUGCGAUGGAAUGCGCUGACCGGUCUCCACGACAAUGGCAAGAGCAAGUUGGCGGACGAUAUUAUGAUUCUGCCUAUUACUGGAUUUAGCCCUGGACGCGGUAUAUACGGCAACAUGGGCUCAAAACCAGUUACCCAUCACGACGCACGCCUCCAACAUCUUGCGCAGGGCUCAUGGAAAGGGUUCGACCUGCGCCUCGAAUUCGGCAAAAUAUGCCGAACCUUCUUCGGCAUGUGUCGAGACUGGCCCAAGUCAUAA